AUGCACCUAUAUCGCUUCCUGUCAUUAGUGUACGGGGCGAGCCUCGCGGAGUGGUCUCAGUUCAAGGAGCAAUUCGGGAAGGAAUACAGAUCGACCAGUGCCGAGGAAAUCGCCCUCCUGAAUUUCGGGAGGAAUUCGAGGACAAUCACGGAGCACAACAAGCGACUUCAUGACGGGGAUUCGCCAUCAUACCGUAUGGCCGUGAAUCCCUGGUCGGACAAAAGCCACGAAGAGUUCAGACAAUACUACGGACUCUACGGAGACUCCUACGAUUUCACCAGCGAUCGCAUCUUGAACUACGUUCCCGAGAGGGGAACCCCAGCGAAUGUUGAUUGGAAUAAAGCAGGUUUCGUCACUCCGUCCCGGGACCAGAAGGGCUGCGGAUCGUGUUGGGCCUUCGCUGCCGUGGGCGCAAUCGAAGCGCGAGUUUCCAAGUCGACGGGGAAUCUGACGGCCCUGUCCGUCCAAAACUUGAUCGAUUGUAGCGAUACGAAUUUCGGCUGUUCUGGGGGAUCACCGAUACUCGCCCUCCGCGAUCUGCUGUCGAUCGGUCUCCAUACCGCGGAUUCGUAUCCAUACCUCGCGCGUGACGGCAUUUGCCAUCGGGUAAAUUCCUCUCGAUUGUACCAGAUCAGCGGUUUCUACCGCGAAGAAUAUUACCUGAGCGAGGAGAGACUCAAGGAGAUGGUUGCCAUAAUCGGACCUGUUACGGCGACAAUCGAUGCAUCUCCUUUCGGUUUCAUGCACUACCGCGAUGGUAUUUUCUACGAUCCCGCAUGCAAUCCGGAUAGUCCCAACCACGCUGUCCUCGUCGUUGGUUUUGGGAUAGAGAACGGUUUUGAGUAUUGGCUGAUCAAGAACUCUUGGGGCCCAGACUGGGGCAUCGACGGCUUUAUGAAAAUCGCUCGCAACAGAAACAAUACUUGUGGAAUAGCGAAUUCCAACGCGUUCCCGAUUCUGUGA